CCAUGUCUGUCCGUCUUAUUCUCAAAGGAUUGCUGUUCAUUAUGAACGUUAUCUACUGGCUUAUAGGUGGUGUAACUGCACUUACGGGCGGCUACCUCCUAACAGUCAAAGUACGAAUUUUGCGCCGUUACGUGGACCUGACCUUCGACCCUGCUGUCUUCUUCAUAGUCGUUGGCUGCCUGGUUUUCAUCAUAGCUGCACUCGGAUGCGUAGGAGCUCUGCGCGAGAACAAGAACUUCCUGUGUCUCUACGGAUUCUCGCUGUCCACCAUCGCUGUCGCGGUCGUCCUCGUGGCCGUGCUCGCCUUCGUGUGGUCCACAUCGACGCCGCCAAAUAGAUCAGGUGUCGAGAAUAUCUUGAGGCGAGCCGUCGUAAUCUACAGGGAUGAUCCUGACAUGGAACACCUCAUCAACACGCUCCAGGCAUCGCUUCGGUGCUGCGGUAUCUCCUCCCGGGGCUAUCUGGACUGGCACCACAACGCGUACUUCCACUGCUCUCGGUGGAACCCGAGCCGGGAACGCUGUGGCGUGCCUUAUUCUUGCUGCAGGGAGCAGAGACGCCUGCCCAAUGUGAUGUGCGGCUAUGGCGUGACGGACACAACUAAACGGACGUUGCAUUCAGUGGAGCCUGUGAUAUACACGCAGGGCUGCCUGAAAGCAGUGAUCGCCUUGGCGAGAGAAAGCUCGGUGCUGGUCAGUGCGUUGUCAGCUGUGACAGUCGGAUCACUGGCGGUAGGCAUCGCGGGUUCUUGGCUUCUGAUGAAGUCGAUAACAAGCGAGAGAAAGGUGGCGAUGAGAGAACGAACCACUUCUGCUGCAACGUCACAGCCAGAGUCGAGCGUCUGAAGGUCUUCAUUGUUGAGAGUAUCUGCCGAGAUGCAGAGAUGGUGGUUUAGCUUUCAAUGUAAAGAUAAUUUUAGUGUGUUUUAUUCAUGCGUUCUUUUAUUUGUAGUGUAUCAAUAAACUUCUUAAAAUUGGUC